GCCUUGUCUAGCAAAUGAGAAAACGAAAAAGCGGGGAGUCCGACGGGGGACAUUUACGUCAACCACGCCAUGUGGGCGUGAAGCACCAGAGUGUGAGAGUAAGAGAGAGAGAAAGAGAGAGAGAGAGAAAGAGAGAGAGAGAGAGAGAGAGAGAGAGAGAGAGAGAGAGAGAGAUUACCGCACUCCUUUAACGGGGUGCACCAUUUCACUCCGCUCCACUGUGCGCGUAAAAAAGGCAACGGGCACCAAAAAAAGAGAGAUAAGAGACGGGGAGUAAGAAAUCUAGAGAGAAACAGAAAGAGAGAGAGAGAGUCCUUGAAUUGCCACCCGAAGAAAUCGGCUAUGUCCAGCGCUCAGUUUUUGCAAUCUUUUUCUUGUACAACUAUCUAAAGGGUGGCACAAUCUCAUGGUUUUACCUCCCGUAGGAUGGGAUUAACUCUGUCCGGAAGAUACGUCUCACUGGUGCUGGCUGUUCAAAUAGCAUAUUUGCUCCAGACGGUUGGAGCGGCGGGGAAAUGUGACACCGUGUUUAAGGGCUUCUCAAACUGCCUGCUUCAGCUGGGAGAGAACAUGGCCAGCUAUCCACAGGAGCUGGACGAGAAGGAGAACCUGCAAACCAUCUGCACAUAUUGGGACGACUUCCACUCGUGUGCCACCACAGCACUGGCGGACUGCCAGGAAGGAGCUACGGAGCUGUGGGAGAAACUUAAGAAGGAGUCCAGAAACCUGGAGUUUAAAGGCAGUUUGUUUGAACUGUGCGGUGACGGAAACGACGCGAGCAGACCAUCAUCCACUCCACCAGGGUUCACCCUGCUGCUCAGCUCCUUCUCCGCCCUGCUCACAUGGAUCCAGUUCUAGCGCCCAAAACCAAACCGAGAAGAUCCACACAAAGACAUUUUUAGCUCACAUGAAAAGAAAAAUACGGGAAACCUUGGGUGGGGGGGUGGGGAGAAGAAACCAACAAACGAGUGCUCUAUCACCACGACCAUACGAAGAUAAAUAAAUAAUAGCUUAAAAAAAUUAUGAUCAGAAAUCAUCUUCAGCCAAAAUGGAUUUAUUACAGCGCUUCAUCCGGAGAAGACGACUUGAUUUUGCUGUAGACAAUAAGGCAAUAAGGCGUCUUCAGGGAAUGCUCCAUCUGCCUGACCUGGGAGUCCACUACAUCAAAUAUUUAACAGAUGUCGAUUGAAAUUCACGGUCAUUUUUUUGAUGAUCAAUUUGUGGAAUUACAUUAACGCCUGCAAAGAAGUAAUUAUUGCUGUAGGCUUGAUAAUCUAAUCUAUCAUGCAUAGAGAAAUAAAUAUCCUGACACACACACACACACACACACACACACGAGCCAAAUUACACUCAGCGUCUCUGUUUCCACUGAAAGGAGGUGUUCUGUUUUUGUCAAAUCUUUGGAUUAUUUUUAGUUGCCAAAUUUCUAACGCCACGAUAACGUUGUUGUAAUGGAGAAAUAGCCUGUGUGAUGUUUUGACCUGUAAACAGCGCUGGAUCACCACAGCAGAAAGAAGAUAUGUGGGGGAAAAAAACAAUCCAAUAAUUGAAUUAUCAUCUCUAAUAAUGGUAGAAUGAUAAUAACACCACUAAUAAUAAACCUCAGGAAUGAUUUUAGGCAUUUAAAAUGGAUAGUUCAAUCAAACAAGCUAAUGCGGCUAACAGUGAAUGAAAGCUAGUAAGCUUAUGUGCCAAUUAUCAUUAAUGUAGCUUAUUUGCAUAAUGCUGAUUGGUGGCUAUUCGCUUUUAUACACUGUUGGCAUGUUUUGACGGAAUUGUUCUUUAAUCGAUGGUAGAUUGUAUGUUCUAUAAAAGGAGAAAAUUGGGGGAGAUGUUAAAUAUGUCAAAUGUAGCGAGAAAAAAAAUGGUGAAUCUAUUUAUUUAUUUACAAAAUUUAUUUAGGGGGAGGGACAUUUAGGUUAUGAUAAAUAGUAGAGAACUAAGUGAUACGCCCAAAACCGCAUACCACCGUACUAUAUAUA